GUCAUGGCUUCCAUCCACCACUCCCUUCGCUGGCGAACCCUAAACUAACCCCAAUUUCAAUCCCAAUUGUAAAAUUGGUUCCAAAUCGAAUUACCCCAAAUUGAAUCUCAAUCUUCUGAUCCUAAUUACCACUAAUUCCUUUUUUAAUCCAACCCUAAUUAUAUUCAUUUACACGUCAUCAUUAUAUAUUUUUUUUAAAACAAAUUAUAAUGUCACAUCAUCAAACAUUACACACCUGGUAGCUCUGUAACUUAACACCGUUAUAAAAAAGGACCAACUUGAACAAUUUUUGUGAAAAAUAAGAUUAAAGUGAACUUUUGAAAAAAUGAGGGACCACUUUGAACAAACCGGAGAGACCAAAAUAGAUAUUAAACAAAAAAAAAUACGGAAGAGUAUAAUGAAGGUGAAAUUGAAGAAGAGUUCUUCGUUUGGAAGAAGAACACUCCUCUGUUGUACGAUUUGUUCAUUUCUCAUCCUCUUCAAUGGCCCUCUCUCACCGUUCACUGGCUUCCUUCCUCUCCCCAACCCCGUUCCCACCCUUCCUUCAAUGUCCAUAAACUCCUCCUCGCUACUCACACUGCCCAGGGCGAACCCAAUUUCCUCAUGCUCGCUGACGCAUCCCUCCCUGCCGACGCCUCACAACCCAUCGUUGCCACCGACCCUGAAGACCCUGUUCUUCCCAAGGUAGAAAUUUCCCAAAAGGUUGUUGUUGACGGGGAGGUGAAUCAAGCGCGUUGUAUGCCGCAGAACCCUACUAUUGUUGCCGCGAAGACAUGUAAUUCUGAGGUAUAUGUGUUUGAUUUCAACAAGCAGCGUGGGAACGAGUUUGCCCCUGAUUUGAGGUUAAGGGGUCAUGAUAAAGAGGGCUAUGGUUUGUCUUGGGGUCGAUGCCACUUUCCGAGGGAAACCGGGUUUAAGUUGCCAAUACUUUAAAAUGAUAAAAAUUUCACGUAAUAUAAACUCAGACGGUAACACUUGGAAAUAAAACAAUGUCUCACUA